AUGUCGACGAGGGACGAAACCAAGGGUCGUGCGCCAAAUCGACCUAGUGAAACGGCUCUCGGAAGCUUUACCGAUACGAGCAUCAAUAGCAACAUGGAAGAUUAUUAUAAUCUCGAGAAAUCUACGAUAAAUAUCACUGGCGCCAUAGACUACAACAUUACAGAAGAGAUUGACCCUUUCUACUUUUAUCAGACGGAGCAAUUUACUGUAUUGUGGCUGUUAUUUGCUGUAAUUGUUGUUGGAAAUACAGCGGUACUUGUCGGAUUAUUAUUUGGAAAAAGGAGAAAGUCCCGUAUGAAUUUUUUCAUCAAGCAAUUGGCUUUUGCAGACUUAAUGGUAGGUUUAAUAUCAGUGCUAACAGAUAUCGUGUGGCGAUCAACGGUCUCGUGGUAUGCGGGAAACAUUGCUUGCAAAAUAAUAAGGUUCGUGCAAGCUGUCGUCACAUACAGCUCGACCUAUGUGCUCGUUGCUCUCUCUAUCGACAGAUACGACGCCAUUACGCGACCGAUGAACUUUUCCAGGAGCUGGUGCAGAGCACGAGCUUUAGUGACCACCGCCUGGACCAUUUCCGUAUUUUUCAGCGUACCAAUUAUUUUCCUAUAUGAAGAGAAAAUGGUUGAGAGCAAAAAGCAGUGUUGGAUUGACCUUGGUACUGAGACGAAUUGGCGUAUUUACAUGAGUAUAGUAAGCAUUACGCUUUUCGUCGUACCAACAUUGAUUAUUGGUGGUUGUUACAUGGUCAUUGUCUGGACCAUCUGGUCGCAGAGCAGUGCAUUAAAGCAAGAUCCCACAAAAGAUACUAGGAGAGCCUCCUCAAGGGGUCUCAUACCCAGGGCCAAAAUCAAGACUGUAAAAAUGACGUUCGUCAUCGUUUUCGUAUUUAUUUUAUGUUGGAGCCCAUACAUCAUCUUUGAUCUCCUACAAGUUUAUGGACACGUACCAAAAUCACAAACUAAUAUAGCAAUCGCCACUUUUAUACAGAGCCUAGCUCCUCUCAACUCUGCAGCGAAUCCAAUCAUUUGCUGCCUUUUUAGUACUCCAUUUUGCAAAACAGUCCGAAACAUUCGAGCAAUCUCGUGGUUUUCUGGACUGUGUCCAACAAAUCCGCAUCACUGUUUCGGCACAGGCCCCCAUGGGAACAGCACAAGGACGACCGUAACAACUUCCUUGACAGCUCAAUCGUCGAGACGUAGUGGGCACAUAUCAAUGCUGCAUCCUUCCUCUAGGAAGCGAGUUAUGGUUUCUCUCGUCUAAGGAUCCUAGGUUACUCGAGUGGAUUGAAGUCUAGUAACAUUACAUACAACACAACCUAAGAGACAGUAAAAGGGAGUUAAAAGGAUGAAGAAUAUGAAAGAGAACGAGAGAGAGUAG